CCAUUCGUUAUUCUUCUGUUUUUCUCGUGUUUCAGUGGCGAGCUGUAACCAUGGGAGUACCAGCGUUUUACCGGUGGCUCGCGGACCGGUACCCACUCUCGAUCGCCGACGUAGUUGAGGAAGAGCCCUGCGUCGGCGACGACGGUGUUCCGUUGCCUAUUGAUGUGUCUAAACCAAAUCCCAAUGGCAUGGAGUUCGACAACUUGUACUUGGACAUGAAUGGUAUCAUUCACUCUUGUUUUCACCCCGAUGGCAAGCCAGCACCUGCUACCUAUGGCGAUGUGUUCAAAUCAAUAUUUGAUUACAUUGACCAUCUCUAUUCGUUGGUUCGUCCAAGGAAGCUUCUCUACCUUGCAAUUGAUGGAGUUGCACCAAGAGCCAAAAUGAAUCAGCAACGUUCUCGACGCUUCCGAGCUGCAAAAGAUGCAUCUGAGGCUGAAGCUGAAGCAGAAAGGCUGAGGAAAGAAUUUAAGGGCGAGGGAAAAGUGUUGUCGACUAAAGAUAAGCCUGAGACUUCAGACUCAAAUGUCAUUACCCCUGGAACUGAAUUUAUGGGGGCACUGUCUGUGGCUCUUCAGUAUUUUGUACAGACUAGAUUGAGCCACAACCCUAGCUGGCAGAAUACAAAGGUUAUACUGUCUGAUUCAAAUGCACCUGGUGAGGGAGAACAUAAAAUAAUGGAAUACAUCCGGUUACAACGCAACAUUCCUGGUUUCAAUCCAAAUACUCGACAUUGUUUGUAUGGGUUGGAUGCUGAUUUGAUUAUGCUCUCCUUAGCUACGCAUGAAGUUCAUUUCUCAAUAUUGAGGGAGGUAAUUACCUUACCUGGACAACAGGAUAAGUGUUUUUUGUGUGGUCAAGUUGGACAUUUUGCAGCUGAUUGUCAAGCUAAGGACUGUAAUCCUCCUGAUGAUAGCCCAAUUCACAAGAAGAAAUAUCAGUUUCUUAACAUCUGGGUGCUGCGUGAAUAUUUGCAAUAUGAAUUGGAGAUACCCAACCCUCCUUUCGAGAUUGAGUUUGAACGCGUAGUGGAUGAUUUUGUAUUUCUAUGCUUCUUUGUUGGCAAUGACUUUCUUCCACAUAUGCCAACAUUAGAGAUCCGGGAGGGGGCUACAAAUUUAUUGAUACAUAUAUACAAAAAGGAAUUUACUGCGAUAGGUGGUUAUCUUACUUAUGCGGGUGAGGUUUUCUUAGAUAGAGUCGAACAAUUUUUCCAGUUUAUCAUUGUUCAUGAAGAUCAAAUAUUUCAGAAACGAGUUCGGAUUCAGCUGGCUGCAGAAAAUAAUGAAGAGAUGAGAGCUAGGGCAAGAGGAGAAAUGCCUGGAGAACCACGAGCCUCACUUGUGGAUAAGGUUAAAUUAGCGGAGCCUGGAUACAAGGAAAGGUACUAUGCUGAAAAGUUUGGUGUAUCAAAUCUGGAGGAGAUUGAUAAAAUUAAGAAAGAUGCUGUAAUGACAUAUGUCCAUAGCUCAAUACUCUGCUUCCGCACUCGAUCAGGCUACAACAUUAUGCGUCUUACUUUUCCAGUAGACAAGGUUAUCUCCAAAAAAUAUACAGAAUCUAGUAGUGGAGAUCCUGCUCAAUCUACAUCAGAAUAUCCCACAACUCGAGACGAGUACGACGUUGACAUACCUGCGAAGGUGGAGGAAAGGGGUGUUGAGGGGAUGGAGACUCCUCUGGAGGGCAGAAAAGGAACUAGGGGCAGUCGUGGACAGGGAAGACUCGAGUGUAGAUGUUCUAAGCUCAAAGAAUGGAAUGGACUCAAAGAAAGUAAAUCAGCAGUGAUAAAAUACCUGCGAAAAGAUGCUAUCAGGUCACAAGUACCUGGAGCAGUUGCUGGACCUCAACUGGGAGAAGCAGCUCGUCGACUUGUCAAGAGCACACUCAACAUUAAAUUGAGUAGUACAUCCCAUGGAUUGUUGGAAAAACCUCUAGUUCAUCAUACAAUGAAUAGGCCUCAGUCAGCUGGAUACAGGAAAUAUUAUGGUGAGAACACAAGUGGUUGUUAUGGACAAUACAAUCACCGUGGUAUAAUAACUAGACCCAAACAUGGUGUACAGAAUGAUAGACAGAAUUGGAGGAUACAAGAUAGGUCCCAACAUCAAGAACUGUUCCACAACUUGAAAACUGAGAUUUCUGCCUCAACAAUGGAGGAAGGAGGGAGACCUAGGUCAUUAAGGCUUCCAAAUUCCAGACCAAUAACCAAUUUACAAACCCAGUUUGUGCAGAACAAGGGUCCUUCAAUGCCACCUCCAAAGUGGGUGACUAAAACACCAUCAAUGAAUGGAAUAUAUACUAGGCAUCAAGAAACUGCAUUGGGGGAAGCAGGUUAUGAUAAGCAGACGAAGAAAGUUUACCAAGUUAAAACAUGUCAGCCAGAUACACCAGAAUUUUCAAAUCAAUAGUAAUUCUUGGGAUCUAUUUGCCUUGUGUAUGAGGUGCCUCCGCUCCUCAAAUUGCAGCAAUGCUCUCUCUAUUGUCAUCCUAGUUCAACAAUCAAUUGCAGGGGCGCGUUAAUUUGAUUGCAAUGUGAUACCCUAAUGCAGUUGGCAGAGUAAUGAUGUUCAGUGUUUUCUAUGACUAAUGUGGAGUCAGGGCGCUGCUUCACUCUGUGUUGAACAGACAUGGUACCCCACUGAUAGUUGUCCUGGAAGGUGCAAGAACUAAUAAGAUAUUUGCUAUCCUGCAUUUCAAGUUUUAAACAAAUACUCCCUCAUGGAACUGGUAUAGUCAGAUGGAGAACAUCAACUUGUGAGUUGUCACCCAGUUUGCGGGCUAGAAUCUUCUUUUCCAUGGUCUGGAACUAGGCUGUUGCAUUGUGAAUGUAAAGAUAGGUUUAGUAGCUUUGCUUAACAGUUAAACUGUACAUACCCAGUGGCUGAUGUAAGUAGAAUUUGAUUUACUUAAUGGGAAAUGUAAGAUAUUUGCCUGGGAUUGUUAUACCCAGCGGCUGUAUGUUGCAUGGGAUAUAAAAGCUAUUAUU